AUGAUGAAACUUGAUAGAAUAUUAAUAAUUUUAAUAUUCAAUGCGAUAUUUUGGAGUUUAAUUAAUUCUUUUAAAAAUAAUAAAAAUAAAAAUGAGUUGACUAGAGUUGGGGAAACCUCAACGGAUAACGAUGGGGCUGAAUCAUCGGUUAAUCCUCAAAUUCAAAUGGUAAAACCAAUCCCUAAAAUUACAAAAAAAGACACAACUAUAAAUAUUGAAAAAGGAAAAAAGGUUGACAGAAGUGAAUAUAUGAGAACUUACUGGAAAAAGAAUAAAGAAAAGAAGCGAGAAUAUAAUCAAAUCUACCGUCAAAACAAUAAAGAAAAGAGGAAAGAAUAUGACAGAAUUCACUACCAAGACAAUAAAGAAAAGAAGCUUGAAUGUUGCCGAAAAUAUCAGGAAAAUAAUAGAGAAAAAUUGCGAGAAUCUGCUCGAAAAUACCGAGAAAAUAAUAAGGAAAAGAAGAAAGAAUGUAACCGAAAAUACUACCAAAACAAUAAAGAAAAGCUUAAUGGAAAAAAGCGAGAAUCUAGGAGAAAAUGCCGAGAGGAAAGGAAAAAGGGAAAAUUAAAUCCUGAUCACGCUGAUAAUAAUGAAGUAACUCCAAUCGUUUAUGAAAAGGGGAUUCAGUCUGAAGGGGGAAGUCGUUUUAAUCAAGAAGAGGACGAAGCAGAAACUUAUGCGAAUGAGCAAAAUCAAAAUGUGGUAGAAGAGCCGAAUAAAAUUCCCGAGAAUUGUAUGAAUCAAAUAAAUUUAAAUGAGUAUCCUUUUGAUCUGAGCGAGAAACCUGAGGACAAUGAUGAGGAUGUCUGUUAG